AUGGAGUCUCCAAAAAGAUUUCCUGACCCGACAAAGAAUUACAGGAUCUGUGGUACCUGCUUCAAGCGCAACGUGAGCGUCUGGCAGACCUUCAAGAACUGCAACGACUGUCGCGAGAAAAACCGCCAGAAGAAGGUCCGCGCUGACGAGAGGAAGAAAGAACGCGAGAGACAGGUCUCUCUGACUAUAGCUCAAAUGCGAAAGGAGAUGAUGUCUUCGGAUAACGACGCGGAGAACGCGUCGACAAUGCAGGGUGUGGAAGGCCCCAGCGCGUCGGCGAAGGAGGAUGCGGCGAAGGAGGAUGCGGCGAAGGUGGAUGCGGCGAAGGCGAAGGAAGGUGGUGUGAAACGGAAGGGGGCUCAAGCGCUUAGUGAGCUGGAGGGAGCAGAACGCGACUCUGCCACGCAGGAGAUGAAGAAACGCCUCGAAAAGAAGAUCAAGGCGAACGGUAGAAGCAAGACGCCAGACUUGAGCAGCCGAGAGGCGGAUGAUGGAAAGGAAUACCAGACGGCGAGCAUGCUGUACGACGCGAUCAAGUCCAAGUCGACGCGUCUUGUGACUUUGAACAAACCACUGCAGUUCCGCGGUUGCCAUUCUAUCGUCGCGGUGUCGUCUAUCAGGCACAAAAAGCGCGCAGAAAUUGUUGAAAACGAUCUGCGAAAACUCGCCCGACUUUCCUUCGCAGCUUCGCCAAACGCCUUUGCAGAACACGAGACUGGCAAACUGUCGCGCACUCUCAUGUUUACAUGUGCAUGUGCAGGUCCAUCAUCGACAAAGCCUUCCCCUUCGGUUCCAGUGGAGCCACCUGUUAAGAAAGGAACGCAAGGAGACCUCAUUCGAUGGGCUCGUGCUCGCGCAGCUUCCGAUGCUGCCGCCAAGCAAUGUGGCGGUAUCGUCACGAUCACCGUGAAAGACGACAACUCGCACCCGUACGGCAUUCCUGGUAGCAAAUUAUUGUGCAUGUCAAGCAUCCGAAGUGAAAACAAGUCAGAAUCGCCUCUGCUAUGCAAAAACAUGUACUUCACUCUCGCUGUUGCUUCUGCUCUUCCGGUAUACGCUGUACUCAACAAUGAUUCUCCUUCUGGCGCUGUGAACUCUAGGGCUAAUGUCUUCUUCGACGUCGCUAUCAACGCGAAACCUUCAGGACGUAUCGUGUUCAAGCUCUUCGACGAGACAUGUCCAAAAACGACCAGGAACUUCCGUGAGCUGGCAACAGGUCAACAUGGGUUCGGAUACGCUGGCAGCAGUUUCCACCGUAUCAUUCCCAAUUUCAUGCUCCAGGGUGGUGACUUCACGAACCACAACGGCACCGGCGGCAAGUCGAUAUAUGGACCCAAUUUCCCGGACGAGAACUUUGAGCUGAAGCACUCUGAGCCUGGUCUCCUGUCGAUGGCUAACGCUGGACGCAACACCAACGGUUCGCAAUUCUUCAUCACUACUGUCAAGACCCCUUGGCUGGACGGCCGCCACGUCGUGUUUGGAAAAGUCGUCGAGGGAAUGGAUGUAGUGAAGGCUGUCGAGGCCAUCGGCACAGAGAGCGGACGACCAACCGCGAAGGUCACCAUCACUUCGUCUGGUGUUUUGGAGUAG